CUAACGCCCCAUUAUUAUAUUAAAAGUGGUGUUAGACGGAUGUUCGAUAAAAUGCUAAUAACGGUGUUACUACUUUCCACAACAUGCGGAUAUGUGUAUAGUUCCGGAGUGGCGGUAGGACCUGCCUUAGCUCCCGUUGGGCCACCUGUGGUUACAGCAGCCAGCUCUCAGUACUUUGAGAGAACAUUCAACAGAUUGGUAGCAGCACCCGCAGUGCCCUUGGUUCCUGUAGCUCCUGUAGUUCCUGCUCCACCAGUGUUAGUGCAACAUGUUCCUAAAGCAGUGCCAGUGCCUGUGCAACCACAACCUAAUUUACCAGUAGAGCCAAACGUAGCAAUCGCUAUAGCGACGGCUCAAGCCGCGCCUGUCGCGACCAUCCUUCUACCACCCUACCCAUUCGGACCACCGCCAGCAAUCAAUUUCAUCCCAUCAUCUCCACCAAUUGUUGUACCCGAUGAAGACUCAAGGACCGAACCAACAACUACGAAACAGGUCAAUACUAAAGCGACGGUACGAGAGCCCGAGUCCACUACACCUUUACCGUCGAAUUCCGAUAACAACUUCAUUCAAGCUCUGCCGUCGAACCAAAACAAUCAGAAUGUGGGUUUCAGACAGUAUGCGCCACCACAGUUUCAACAAUUGCCUUUAGAAACUCACAAUAAACCACAGAAAUUAAAAACGUCAGUAGAGGUAGAGCCAGUUCCUUUGACUUACAUUGCACCGCCGCCUUUGAAUCAGCUGCCAUUCCAACAAAUCCGACACGUUCAUACGUUUGUGCCAGCGAAAACUAAGAUAAUAAUUAGACCCGUAUCUGCACCACUGAGAAUCCAUGGUCGACCCGUAAGGAUAGUUAUGUACAAAAAGCCAGCCCGUUACACGAAACAACGAUACCAAAAUGCGUUGAGGAGGCCCAAAUCGAGAGACAUAGAACCGACCACCUUUAGUCCCUUGACAAAACCUAAUACUAAACCGCCAAGACAGUAAGAUGAUUUGUUAAGGUAAAUAAUAAGUUACACCUGUUAUAUAAAUUGCACUUUGUAAAUAUGUUGAGGAUGAGGAAUUAAUAUUAAUUU